AUGGACGCGGCGUCGACGGAUUCGCAAGUCGGCGGCGGCGGCGGCGGCGGCGGCGGGUUCGACGGCUCGCAGGGUUCCUUGGGAGGCCUCGGCGGCGCGUUCCCCGGCCUCGGCGGCGGUCUGGGUCUCGGCGGUGGGUUCGGCGCCGCGUUCCCCGGCCUCGGCGGCGGGUUCGGCGGCGAGAUGACCUUCGGGGACGACGAAGGACUCGCGGGCGACGGUCCGGGGGGGGCCGGCGGCGGCGGCGGCGGCGGCGGCGGCGGCGGCGGCGGCGGCGGCGGCGGCGGCGGCGGCGGCGGCGGCGGCGGGUUCGUCCCGAACGCCGCGGACUUGCUCCACGGCGACGUCGUCCUCGCCGUGGACACUAGCUUAGAAGCGUAG